AUGGAUAAGGGAGAUAACGGAAUAACGUUGAUUGCAUCAGAUGGUACAAAAUGUACGAUUACUGAAAAUGCAGCCAUGAUAUCACCAAUCCUAAAGGCUAUUAUUCAAGGACAUUUCCAAGAGAAAAAUGAAAUAGACUUGCCAAAUAUUGAUCCAGAGGUGUUAAAUAAAGUUAUUGAAUAUUUAGAAUUGAAAUCUAAAUAUCUAGAUGAAUCAAAUGGACAGGAAGAUUAUGAUAUAACAAAUUUUGAAUUUGAUGUGCCUUCUGAGAUAUCGUUGGAAUUAUUAUUAGCUGCAGAUUAUUUAAAUAUAUGA